GUGGAAAACAGCGGCAUCAUAGCGUGUAAAGUGGAUAAACCAAAACCAUCCAUGCUAUGGUUGAUAUCGAAUUAAUGAUGCCAGGCAUCAGUGGUGACGAAUCGGACGCAUCCCGUGGACUACCCGUCAAUCUAGAAGUGCCUCCAGGGCUGCAGGUGGUACCGAUGAGUAAACAUCACGAUCACGGACCGGCAGACUUUAGCUUGCCAACAUCCCUGCAACAUCACCUCCUACCCACCGUCGACGAUGUUCGAGAGCGGCUAAAGCUACAGAGUGCGGAACAGUUCCUUCUACAGAUGGCACGACUACAGCGACCACCACCACCAGAUCUGGACAUCCAGACGGGAUCGGUCGUGGCGCUCAAAACCAUCCCCAAAGGUACGCAGUACGGUCCGUUCGUUGGCAAGCUGCUACGGGAACCGAUGGAUCGACGGUUCGCAUGGGAGGUGAUAGAUAUAGAUAUCCGAGGCUGGCUAGAUGCAACAGUCGAACCCACGAACUGGAUGAAACACAUACGCUGCACCUCUAGCCCAACCGAAGCAAAUGUGCAACACUUUCUCAAAGAUGGUCAUCUGUGGUACGAAGUGAUAUUUGAUAUCAGUCCCGGAAGGGAACUGUUGCUACGACCAAAGGUUCCUCUUCAUCCGCGGGAUGGGCAAGACGAGCGUGGCAGCGAACGUGGCUCGGGCGGUUCCCAGCACAGCGACAACUACGAGGACGAGUACAAUACCUCGAACGAUCUUGACUCUAGUCACAACAAGGAGCAGCACCAUCAUCAUCACAACAGUAGCAGCAGUAACAGCAGUGGCCGAAGUAGCAACGGCAGCAGUACCCGGGCGAACGGGCACGGACACCAUCAGCCGGGAGAUGACAGUGGUAACGGAAGUGGCGAACCGCACCAGCACCAUCACCAUUCGGACGUGAAGGAGGAGGACGAGGACGAGCACGGUAUCGACGCGCGGUGUGUCGUCUGUGAUCGGCAGUGUCACGAUAUUGAUCAGCUCGACGAUCAUCUCGUGAUCUCGCACCAUUAUCCAAAGGACGCCUACAGGUGUGAGCUUUGUCCGAGAGCAUACAGCUACAGACCAUCGUUGCUGCGGCACCGAGCGAUCGUACACGGCGAGCUAAGGCGCUUUCCGUGCGAGAACUGUCCCAAGAACGAAGAUACCGAUGUGAGCACAGCAACCCCCAACACUUCUUCCUCAUCGAGCGAACUAUUCAGUUACCUUCUGCAAGCUCAUGAUAAUAGGGUUUUUACCGAUCCUUCGAACUUACAGCGUCACAUCCGUACACAUCACGUGGGAGCCCGUAGUCACGCGUGUCCCGAGUGUGGUAAGACAUUUGCCACCUCGUCCGGUCUCAAGCAGCACACGCACAUCCACUCGUCAGUGAAACCGUUCCAGUGCGAGGUGUGCUUUAAAUCGUACACCCAGUUCUCCAACCUUUGUCGCCAUCGGCGUAUGCACGCCGACUGCCAGGUGCAGAUUAAGUGUAACAAGUGUGGCGAUAGCUUUAGCACUACGACGUCCCUCUCAAAGCACAAGCGGUUCUGUGACUCAACGGCAGUAACGCGUGCGUCACUACACUCCGGAGCACAUCCAUCACAACUACGCCAUCCGCACGAUCCUUACCCCCACGGACGGUCACUAUCGGGAGCAGGUCAGCAAGGUGGUGGUGGUAGUGGUGGCACUGGAGGAGCAUCCGCAGUAGGAACUGGUACUGGUGCAGGACCACUUCAUUCGUUACCGCCCGGCAUGGCGACUCCACCGAAUCCAUUCCUUAUGUUUCCGGGCGCUCCGUUCUUUGCGCCUGGAUUCAGACCAUAUCCGGGGAUGCCAGGUAUCUUCCCACCGGCACCGGGACAGGUUCCUCAAUUUCCGCUGUCUUUUUUCCCGAAACCUGCGGCGCCGGGACCACUGACCGAACCGGAACGCAGAACUCCCUCGCCAUCCUCAAGACAUCUUGGCCUGCUUGAAGGUUACGGUCAGCAAUCGAUGAAGAUCUCACCACCGACCGGUGAGGAAGCAACAAACCAUCUUCGUCCUUCUCCAGCGCGUCCAAUACCGGUCAGCUACAACUCAGCGGCAGCAGCUGUUGCUCUGCUCUCGGGAUCUCCCGGUCCGCUAAUGGGAAGUCAUAGCCACCCUUCGGCGGAAUCGGUUCAGGAGCGAGGAAACAACAACAACCACAUCAAGGAAAACAACAAUCACAACCAGACAAAUGGUAUCAGUUCCUACGGUGGACAACAGCAGCAAUCGAGGCGAUCUUCUAGCCGUAGUAGCUCGGUAACUGCAGCAACUACCGUUAAAGAAGAAUCGCACCGCGAGUCUUCAGAUGCUGAAGAAGGAGAUUCUUCAGUUUCGGCUAUUCGGGCGAAGGAUUUCUCAACGCGAUCGAAAAAAUCGGCUGGCGAGACAAGCAAAUCACCUGCGUUGUCGGAAGAUAGAAACCAAUCACAUCGCAGACGAAGCCGUACAGUGGAGGACGUUGAUACAUCAGAAUCAGAAGAGUUUUCGUCUGAGGCGAAGAAGGUUAAGAAGGUGGAUGACGCGUCCGGAUCUACAGAGCAACCCUUGGAUCUGAGUCUUUCGAAGAAGCUAAAAAACGAUGACCCAGACGACGGUGUUGAAGGAGAUGAGGAUAAGGAUGUAUCAGAUGAGGUAGAAAAUCGUAGCUCAAACCGAAGUCCAACACCGAUCGAGGUGGCCAGUCCCAGAUCCACGCCAACACCAUCAGUUCCAACGCCCAACUCGUCGGACACUCCUCACCAGGAUCUCUCCAUUCGUGCUCGUGGUAGGAACACUUCCCCGAAAGCGGCAUCGGCAUCUCCGCUAGCCGAUGCAUUCGCUCUGCCAAGUCCCUCACCAUCAUUAUCUCCCCGUCCAUCACCGACACCCUCAUCACCGGGUGGUAUGGCAGGAUCGGGCCCUCACCAUCAGCCAAUCUCCUAUCCACGACCAAUCUAUCCCUUUCUCCUAGAGGCGAUGUGUCACGGAGGACCUGGUCCAAUGGGAGGCUUUCAACGGCCUCCAUUCAGUUUCCUCGAUUCACUAGAAUCGAACCUAGAUCUACUAAAGCGUAGCCGUCAGUACAUGCCGUCGAAGGCAUUUCACCAGGCGGCUAUGAUGCCACCGGGUUUCGGUGUUGGAGGAGCGAGACCUGGUGUUCCUGGCGGUCCCGGUGGGCCGGUAGCUCCCGGCAAGGUUAAAGAUCGCUACUCGUGCAAGUACUGUGGCAAAGUGUUCCCCCGAUCGGCCAACCUGACACGACAUCUGCGUACUCACACCGGCGAACAGCCGUACAAGUGCCGGUACUGUGAGCGAUCGUUCAGCAUCUCCAGCAACCUGCAGCGGCAUGUGCGGAACAUUCACAACAAAGAGCGUCCGUUUAAAUGUCAUCUGUGUGAGCGUUGCUUCGGUCAGCAGACGAACCUUGACCGGCACUUGAAGAAACACGAUGCGGAUGCGGCCGGACUCGUGUUGGGUGAUUCGCCCUCGUCCAACGAAGCAGAACGCGGAGAAGAUGUGUUCUUCGAUGAGAUUCGUUCGUUUAUGGGGAAGGUUACGUACUCCGGGCCAGCAUCCCUGUUAACACCUGGAGCUAUUCCUGGCGCAUCGGAGGUUGAAACGGGUAAAGGAGAAGUAGAGGAUGGUGAGGGAAGUGCGUCGGGAAGGAGACGAUAUGGACGACCGCUGGACGUUACUGGUGCAGAUGAUGAUGAGGAGGAGGACGAAGAAGAUGAGGAGGAAGAUGCAGCCAGCUGUGACGGUGAGAGUGAUCUGAUCAACAUCGAUUCGGACAAGGAUACGAUCAACAACAAUGACACGAUCGAGGUGUCUACUUAGAGCCGCGAGGCAAAUAAUAAGACGCUUGUAAAUAGGCUGUAGGGAACGG